AUGGUAGUAACAUUUAUUCUUAUCUAUCUAUCUAUCUAUCUAUCUAUCUAUCUAUCUAUGUGUCUAUCUAUCUACCUAUCUAUUUAUGUUAAUAUAAAGAUCAGCUCACUGAUCGAGAAUUUUGGUAGUUACUCCCGAGUCCGGGGUAGCAUAAACGAUGAUUGGGUGGACAGGCUUAACCAUCUUUACACAGUCGUGCUUUUGGUCAUCUUUGCGGUCAUCAUCAGUACAGGUCAGUAUGUCGGGGAUGCCAUCCAAUGCUGGUGCCCGGCAGAAUUUACGGACGCCUUUGUUGACUACACUAAAUCCUACUGCUGGAUUGCUAACACGUACUACAUCCCCAUGAAAGACGUCAUUCCAGUCGAGAUAAAAGAAAGAGAAGACCAACAGAUCACCUACUACCAGUGGGUGCCGCUAAUCCUGCUGUUUCAGGCUUUUAUGUUUAAAUUUCCCAACAUCCUCUGGACAUCAACUCACGAGUUGUCGGGUUUGAACCUCGAUAAGAUCGUCUCAAUGGCUGAAGAUACCCAGCUCGGUUCCCCCGAUGACCGAGAGGAGACUAUCAAGAAUAUUGCGCACUUCUUGACGCGAUGGCUGGAUGCCUAUCGCGAGUACAAGCUCAACUUCUUAGUCAAAUUGAGACAGCGUUCUUCACGCCUUUGUUGUUUCCUCUGUUCUCGUCGCCAGGGCACAUUUCUAACCGGUCUCUACGUCUUCAUUAAGAUGCUGUACGGUGCCAACGUGAUUGGUCAGUUUUUUCUGCUCAACGCCUUCAUGGCUACGGAUUACAGCGUUUAUGGCAUCGAGGUACUGACGUCGCUGGCCAGCAACACUGUUUGGCGUGAGAGUCCUCGAUUUCCGAGGGUCACUUUGUGUGACUUACAGAUCCGUCAAUUGCAGAAUUUGCAGAGAUAUACCGUUCAGUGCGUCUUGCCUAUAAACCUGUUUAACGAGAAGAUCUUCAUAUUUCUGUGGUUCUGGUUUGUAUUCGUAGCAACCUGCACUUGCAUCAACCUGCUGUCAUGGUUCUACCGUUUCAUCUUCUCCCAAGCACAUAUCGACUACGUGACCAAGUACAUCCGAUGGUGGGAUACGAUCCAGACGAAACAGGACAAGAAGCUGUGUCAGAAGUUCACGAAGGAGUACCUACGUGACGACGGGUUCUUGGUCUUACGAGUCAUUGCUAAAAAUUCGACAGAUCUUGUGGCCGGUGAUUUACUACGUUACUUGUGGAAGGCAUACCGUGAAAAGAAUGAAGGAAAAACCAAAGAACCCACUGAAGUCGGUCCGCGUUUGCACUCCGAAGAAGGAACGACCAAGGAUGAUAGUUUUGUCUGA